AAUGUGAACGUUUCCUCUGGAGGUGAAUGAAUUCCUCAUGUUCUCACAGCGGUCAGAAGCAGACGCAGAACAAGUCGCGCCUCCGUCCACUCGGUCCUCUCCUCUUCUUCUCUUCCUUACUCUGCUUUUAUUUUGGAGUUUUUUAUUUUUUGUGUGUCAGAAAUAAUCUGAGGAUUCUGGGAUUGAGUGAUUUGAGCCUCGCAGGUUUGGGUCGUUGGAUGUAGCGGAGCGCGUCGGUCAUGUUGCGUUGCGUUCUACAGCGAGCAAACAACCUGAGACACUCCCACCCGUUGGCGAGUGUCACCUUCAGAGGAUCUAAGAAGAAGACAAAGGUCAUCAAGAACAACCCGAACCCCGUGUGGAACGAGGGCUUUGAAUGGGACCUGAAGGGGAUCCCUCUGGACUCUGGAGCAGAACUGCACUGUGUUGUCAAAGACCAUGAGAAGAUGGGCAGGAACAGGUUCCUGGGAGAAUGUCGCCUGGCUCUCAGAGACGUCCUCAACUCUCCAGGCCUGGCUGCGUCCUUCACCAUCUCCCUGCUGGACAUGAAGAGGAACAACACCGGGGCCACACUCACCCUUCAAGUGUCCUACUCCCCUCCUCAUGGAUCACUUCCACCUUUCCAGCCUCUGUCCCAUUCCGAGUCCCUUCCUCACGCCAACCCAAACGUGGAGCUGGACACCGUCACCAUGAUUUCUCUGGACACGUUGGGCGAGGAGGACACGGAGAGCAUGCUGAUCCUGGAAGCUCCAGAGGACCAGGAGCCCGACGACGGGCGAUCCAUGGUCAUCGUCGGCCCUCAGGGGCCCACGGGCAAGGAGUCGCCCACGGCACAGACGCCCAAGCGCUCGCCGCCGUCCUACAACACCCACGGAGGUCUGAGGAAGAGGAGGAGGGGCUCGAGCGGUCAGCAGAAACCUCUGCCCAACAAACCCCAGGACCUUCAGGUUCGCGUGCGGGUCAUCGAGGCGAGACAGCUGCCGGGCAUCAACAUCAAGCCCGUUGUCAAGAUAACAGUCGGCGGACAGACGAAGAGGACGCGCAUCAGGAAAGGAAACAACCCGGUGUUUGACGAGACUUUCUUCAUGAACUUCUUUGAGACGCCGUCAGACCUGUUUGACGAGCCCAUCUUUGUCACUGUGUGUGACUCUCGCUCUCUCAGAACUGACGCCGUCAUCGGUGAAUUUAAGUUGGACGUUGGAACUGUUUACAACGAACAUAGACACUGUUUCUUGAGAAAAUGGCUGCUGCUGUGUGACCCCGACGACCUCUCUGCCGGGGUUAGAGGUUACCUGAAGGUCAGCCUGUUUGUCUUGGCAGCUGGAGACGAACCACCGGCUGAUAAACGAGAGUGCGUGGAGGACAAAGAGGACAUUGAAGGAAACCUGCUGAGACCGGCUGGUCUUUCUCUGAGAGGAGCCACCUUCACCCUGAGGAUCUUCAGAGCUGAAGACCUGCCACAGAUGGACGAUGCCUUCAUGGACGGGAUGAGGCAGAUUCUUGGGUUCGAUAGCAACAGGAAGAACUUGGUGGACCCUCUGGUGGAGAUCCACUUCGCUGGCAAAACGAUCAACACCAGGAUUAUGGAGAAGAACGCCAAUCCUCAGUGGAACCAGAGUCUGACGCUGCCGAUCCGAUUUCCCUCCAUGUGUGAGAAGAUGAGGAUCAGAAUUCUGGACUGGGACAGAGCCAGUCACAACGACGUCAUUGGCACCACCCACCUCUGUAUGUCCAAGAUCUCCGCCCCUGGAGGAGAGAUAGACGAUGACUUGUCUCCACGGACCGUCCACUCUGGCAUGGACGACAGCCUCGGUUUCCUGCCGACGUUCGGUCCAUGUUUCGUGAACCUGUACGGAAGCCCCAGAGAGUUCACCGCCUUCAACGACCCACACGAGGCGCUCAACCUCGGAAAAGGAGAGGGCGUGGCCUACCGAGGUCGCGUUUUACUUGAGCUGAACACAAAGCUGGCGGACAAGCCAGAGCAGAGAACUGAGGACGUCCCAUCGGACGACUUGCUGGUGGUGGAGAAGUUCCUCCGGAAGAGGAAGUUCUCACUCUUCGUGGAGUUCUACUCGGCCACGCUGCUGCAGGACGUCGACGACGCCAUCCAGUUUGAGGUCAGCAUCGGUAACUAUGGCAACAAGUUCGACUACACCUGCCUCCCCCUGGCGUCCACCACGCAGUUCAGCAGAGCCGUGUUUGACGGUUGUCACUACUACUACCUGCCGUGGGGAAACGUGAAGCCGGUGGUGGUUCUGUCUUCAGAGUGGGAGGACGUCACGCCGAGGAUCGAAGCUCUCAACAUGUUACUGACCAUCACACACAGACUGGAGGAGAACCUGCAGCGAGUGCAGAUGGAGGUGAAGACAGGAAGUGACCUGGAGGAGGUGGAGCUCCGAGUUGUGGAGCUGCUGGACCAGGUCAUCACAGACUGCAGUGAGGAGUUGCCGUCCCUCGCUCAGUGGCAGUGUGCGACGCCUCUCGAUCGCUCGCUCAGACACGUGCGAACGUUGCACCUGCAGCAGAUCAUCGCGGCGGCGCUCGCUCUCAAACACGGACCGGCCACCGACCUUUCCACCGUGCUGGAGCAGGCAGAGGACUGGGCGAGCAGGCUGAGGACGAUGUCUGACGAGCCUCAGAACAGUCUUCCCGACAUCGUGAUCUGGAUGCUUCAGGGCGACCGCCGCGUGGCCUAUCAUCGCAUCCCGGCGCACACCGUCAUCUUCUCCCAGGUGCAUUGUGGGAAACACUGUGGACAACUGCAGACCGUCUUCCUCAAGUACCCACAAGGCAACGGGGCCGAGGCCAAACUUCCUGGUCAGCUGAGAGUCAAAGUGUGGUUCGGAUUGACCGCGGACGUCAAACACUUCAACCAGUACGCGGAAGGAAAAGUGUCCGUGUUUGCUGAAACGUAUGAGAACCAGACGCGGCUCGGCCUGGUGGGCAGUUGGGGUACUACAGGCCUGACUUACCCUAAGUUCAGUGACAUCACUGGAAGAGUCAAACUUCCCAAAGACAGUUUCAAACCGUCGCCAGGCUGGACCUGGGGAGGAGAGUGGUGCAUCAGCCCCGAGAGGACACUGCUGUAUGAUGUGGACGCUGGUCACAUGACCUUCAGUGAGGAAGUGUUUGAAAACCAGAUGCGGUUACCAGGGGGACAGUGGAUCGGCAUGCCAGAGGGAUACACUGAUGUGAACGGUGAGAAGGCGGUGCCAAAGGACGAGGUGGACUGUCCUCCAGGUUGGGUGUGGGACGAGGUGGAGUGGAGCGAAGAUCUGAACAGAGCUGUGGAUGAUCAAGGCUGGGAGUACGGUCUGACCAUUCCUCCUGACCGUCGUCCAAAGUCCUGGGUCCCUGCAGAGAAAAUGUAUCACACAAACAGAAGAAGACGAUGGACAAGAAUGAGACGAAGAGACCAGCAGAAGAUGGAGGCGCUGAGGAAGCAGCGUCCAGAGGACACAGAGCGUGAAGGUUGGGAGUACGCGUCUCUGUUUGGUUGGAAGUUUCAUCUAAAGACCAGAAAGACCGACAGUUUCAGGAGGAGACGCUGGCGCCGCCGCAUGGAGCCUCUGGAGAAGACGGGCCCGGCGGCCAUCUUUGCUCUGGAGUGUUCUCUGAGCAGCAUCGAGGACAAAAGUGACGAUAAGUCGGUCACGACCACGUUUGGCGUCAACAGACCGACCAUUUCCUGUUACUUUGAUCGUGGCACGCGGUAUCACCUGCGUUGUUACCUGUAUCAGGCCAGAGAUCUGUUGGCCAUGGACAAAGACAGCUUCUCAGAUGCCUACGCUGUGGUGUCGUUCCUCCAUCAGUCCCAGCGAACGGUGACGGUGCGUAACACUCUCAAUCCCACCUGGGACCAGACGCUCAUUUUCUACGAGGUGGAGAUCUUCGGCGACCCCGAGGCCACGGCGGCGAAUCCUCCCAACGUCGUGGUGGAGGUUUACGACGAGGAUUCUUACAGUGCAGACGAGUUCCUGGGUCGCUGUGUGUGUCAGCCCUCGCUGACGCCGUCACCUCGUCUCAACUGGUUCCCGAUCCAUUUUGGCGAGAAAUACGGUGGCGAGCUGCUGGCCGCCUUCGAGCUCAUCCGCAGGGAAAAGCCGGCGAUUCAUCAUAUUCCAGGUCAAGAGGGAGACAUCACAAGCUCCACCCACGCUCUGGACGAGUUGCUGUUUUCGGGAUUCCUCUCUGAAAACCUGCAGCAGAUGCCGGAGGAGUCGGACCUUCCGUACCUGCCUCCUCAGCGAGAACCCAACGUCUUCAUGGUUCCUCAGGGAAUCAAACCUGUUCUGCAGAGAACCGCCGUUGAGAUUUUGGCGUGGGGUGUUCGUAACCUGAAGAGCUUCCAGUUAGCCAGCGUUACCUCUCCGAGCCUGCAGGUGGAGUGCGGCGGCAUCAUGAUCCAGAGCUGCGUCAUCCGCAGCAUGAAGAAGAAGCCCAACUUUGACGUCAACACUCUGCUGCUUGAUGUGAGACUUCCACGUGAGGAGCUCUACAUGCCGCCAAUCGUCAUCAAAGUCAUCGACAACCGUCAGUUUGGCAGGAAGCCCGUGGUCGGUCAGUGCACCAUCCGCUCUCUGGAGGAGUACCGGUGCGACCCGGAGGGCGAGGGAGCGGCGCCGGAGGACGAGGAGGACGAGGCGGGAUGGCGACGUGAAGCACCGCAGCUGACGUCCGGCGAGGUUUUCAUCGACAUCGGUGACGAGGAGCCGCUGGUUCCUGACCAGUUUGCAGAUGGAGCCGGCUCAGCUAUCAUUAACCUCUCAGCCUCUUUCUCCAGCCUUCAUGAGGAAGAGUCCAUGGACUGGUGGAGUAAGUUCUACGCCUCGACUGGAGAGAAGAACAAGUGUGGAACGUACCUGGAGAGAGGCCUGGACACACUGAAGGUGUUUGACAGAGAGUUGGAGAAGGUGGACGGUUUUGAAGGACUCUCUGAUUUCUGUCAGACCUUCAAGUUGUACAGAGGAAAGACUCAGGAUGACGGAGAGGAUCCGUCAGUGGUCGGAGAGUUCAAGGGCAUGUUUAAGAUCUACCCUCUGUCAGACGAUCCCGCCGCUUCGGCUCCGCCCAGACAGUUCCGGAAACUCCCCCCCAACGGCAUCGAGGAGUGUUUAGUGCGAGUCUACGUCAUCCAGGCUGAAGGUCUGCAGCCGAAAGACACCAACGGGAAGUGUGACCCAUACGUGAAGAUAACGCUGGGGAAAAAGACGAUCAGUGACCACGAGAACUACAUCCCCUGUACGCUCGACCCCGUCUUUGGAACGAUGUUUGAGUUCUCGUGUUCCCUCCCCGUGGAGAAAGACCUGCGAGUGAUGGUGUAUGACCACGACAUGCUGAAGAAAGACGAGAAGAUCGGCGAGACGCUCAUCGACCUGGAGAACCGCUUCCUGUCCAAAUAUGGAGCCAUGUGUGGUCUGCCGCAGUCCUACUGUGUCUCGGGCGUGAACCAGUGGCGCGAUCAGCUGACGCCGCGGCAGCUGCUGUGCAGAGUGUGUGAGCGGCGGCACCUGAGGAAACCGCUGUACGAGGACGACGCCGUUUAUUUCAGAGGAGUCAGAUACACAGCAGCUGACCUCGAGGACAAACAGGAGUCCAGACGUCACCUGGGUUCCCUGAAGGAGCGACUCUGUCUCCACGUCUUGAGGAAACUCACGUUAGUUCCUGAACACGUGGAGACGCGGCGACUCUUCAGUCCGCUACAACCCGACAUCGAGCAGGGACGUGUGAUGAUGUGGGUGGAUCUGUUUCCCAAGUCUCUGGGUCCACCUGGACCACCGUUCAACGUCACGCCGCGACGAGCUAAGAAGUUCUUCCUGCGCUGCAUCGUCUGGAACACGAUGGACGUCCUCCUCGACGACGUCAGCAUCAGCGGUGAGAGGAUGAGCGACAUCUACGUCAAAGGGUGGCUGGACGGACACGAGCACAACAAACAGAAGACGGACGUUCACUAUCGUUCACUGGGAGGAGAAGGAAACUUCAACUACAGAUUCUUGUUUCCUUUCAACUAUUUACCUGCGGAACAGCUGAUCGUCGUCAACAGGAAGGAACAUUUCUGGAGCGUCGACAAAGGCGAAACCAAACUGGCUCCUAAACUCACCAUCCAGAUCUGGGACAACGACAAGUUCUCCUUCGACGACUACCUCGGUCACCUGGUGAUGGACCUGAACCACAUGCUGCGUCCGGCCAAGUCGGCGGAGAAGUGCGACCUGCGUCUGCUGGAGCAGCCGGCGGGAACGCUGGUGUCUCUGUUCGAGCAGAAGACGGUGAGAGGCUGGUGGCCGUGCAGCUGCGAGCAGAACGGAGAGAAGAUUGUCGCCGGGAAGGUGGAAAUGUCUCUGGAGAUCGUGACGGAGCAGGAACAGGACGAGCGUCCCGCCGGCCUCGGCAGAGACGAACCCAACAUGAACCCUCACCUGGAGGAGCCUCAUCGUCCUGAGACGUCCUUCCUCUGGUUCUCGUCCCCCUAUAAGACGCUGAAGUUCAUCCUGUGGCGACGCUUCAAGUGGGCCAUCAUCCUCUUCAUCAUCCUCUUCUUCGUCUUCCUCUUCUUGGGCGUCUUCCUCUACUCCUUCCCUAACUACGCUGCCAUGAAGAUGGUUGGACCGUUUGGACCAGCGAAGACGUCUCAGUGAAGACGAGGAGUUUGAAGAAGUUUGUCCGUCGCCGUCGUCGUCGUCGCCGUCUUCACAAAGUUGUUAAUGAACACGUGUGACCUCCCUCUGACUGUGUGUGUGUGUGUGUGUGCUGUACUGGAUCAGAUCUCAGCAGGCGUCUCCAGCAGCGUUCCUCCGUCUCGCGUCCUCGGCGCUUUCAUGUCUCGCUCCGUCUCUCAUCUUCACUCGCGCUGAAAUCCCGAGUCUCCGAACUCUGGCUCGACCUACAUUUAAAUUUAAAGAAAAAAAAAGAAGAGAAACAGGAAAGAGAAUUAUUGCUGUUUGAUGUUUUUUUUCCUCCUGCUGUUUCUCAGACGAGAGUCGAGGUCAGCGUCGUUUCAAAAUCUCUAAACUUUAUCGUUCUCAAUUCUGUUUGAAAAAAAAAAAACCCUCAGAGUAACAUGACUCAUCAGUUUCCUCUUCUUCUCCUCCAUCUUUUCUUCUUCCUCAUACCCACUCCCUUCCUCUCUUCUUCUCAUCAUUUCCUUGUUCCCUUCCCUUACUUCCUCCCCUCUUCCUCAUUGUCCCGCUCUUCCUCCUCUUCUUCAUUUUCCCGUAGCUCCUGUUCCUCCUGUUUCUUUUCCUCCUCUUCCUCCUCUUCACUCUCUGGGUUCAGCGGGUUAAGUCUUGGAUUUGCUCGUGUUGAUCUUUGGAUUUGUUGGUUUUAUUAGCACAGAGAGAUGAUGGAGACUGAUAAGAACACACACACACACACACACACACACGGAUUCUCUGGAAUUUCCUGACACACUUUGUGUGUGUGUGUGUGUGUGAAGUAAAGAAACACACGUGAUAAAAACAAACAGAGCUGCGUUUAAAAACGACAUGGACGCAGCUUUCGUGCCAGAUCUCGGUUAAUUUACCUUCUGAAGUAACGACGCGUACAAAAAACACGGGAAUUCCCGUUUGUUUUUGCUCGUUUCUCCACGUUUGUCGUCUGGAAAACUUUAGAUGUUGCUGCUAAGAAAAACGCUGCGACUUUGGCCAAAAACAAAUCCGUAAAGUUGACGAGCGCUAAACGUAAAUGGUCGCAGUUGAGCACCAGCAGGUCAAAGAAUCUUUUUUCUUCGGAAGUAAAUCCGAAGAGACGCCUCGUUAUUUACCGCCACGGUUACUGCUUUCAAGCGGAAACUGUAAUUUAAGACAUGGGAAGUCGUAAACGGGGACAAAUUGCAGAAAACAUUGCUCAGGUUGUGAUUUUGGCGCCGCCCUUCCACCUCGUUUACUUCACAACAUCGCAAAGUGGAAUGUUUGUAAAAGCUGCAGCCAUUUUAAAAGUGUCGGAGUUCAUUUUUUCAGUCGAUAGCAAAAACGUGUCGUACAGAAUUCAAAAUGUUUUUAUUUCUCAGGAAAACAUUACGUUAGCAUUAGCUUAGCAUCUGCGUCUCAACUCUCCUCUUGCGCCAUGUUAAACACUUCCUGUGUCGUAAAACAGCAAAAGUUACAUUUAAAGGCGCUGAUAUUUACGUUGUAAUGCUGAAUGUUGCAUACUGCACCUUUAAAUGUUAUAUAACUAUAGACAAUAUGUGCAAAUUAUAAAAAGAAAAUGUCAACAGCGUUGGUUGUUUCAAUUUUAUUUUCAUUUUAACAUUUCGUGCCUUGUAUCUUGUAGCAGAAGGCUUUUAUUCUGAAAAUCCUGUAUUCAUGCUGCAAAUAUGAUUCAACACUGUUUGGUUUUGUCUUAAACAACGCAACGUGCCUUUAGCUUUUAGCUUCACUGCUAACAUGUACAGAAACGCUGACUGAUCACUCAGCAUCAACACUAACACAAACUUUUCUCCUGAAAGUAUUUAAUUUGUCACUUUAAAUCUCACUGGGAGACAAAAGACUGAAUAAACAUUAAACAUGACGUGUUGUUUAUGUUUAACAACAAUAUGUUAUUGUGUUAUCAAUUAAAGUGCAUUUGAAUCAG